AUGCAUUCUUUUUCUGCCAGUUCUUGCGUUGUGUUACCGUCAGGAUCGGAGCUCAAAAACAUGCGAAUGAUGUUUACACGUCCCAUUUCAUCUAUAAAAGAUUAUUCACAAGGAAUCCCUAGAAUGAAAACACUUCUUACAUAUGAAAAGCUGCCAGAACCAGAGCCUGAGUGCACAGGUAGUUCAAAUUCAAACGAUUUUGGUAGAAAGUGGUUUGCCGUAGCUGGUAUUGGCGCUAUCGCCGCUGUUAUUGGGCACCAUUUCAUCAAAAAUGCCAGAUCCUUUUCUCCGCAGGUGCUAUGGCAUCCAGGACAUUCUUAUCCAGUCGACUUAGUGUGUGUGAACAUGAGUAAAGAAAUGCAAGCCCUCUUCGAGCAUGCCAUCGCACUGUGGCUGGAUUUGGGAAAGGAUGUUCAGCUUCGUUUUGAGACCGUAACAUUUUUUGAAGAAAAUUGUACUCUUAGUCUCGAUACUGUAUCCAGUGCUACGCAGUAUGCCACCAUGUUCGCUCAUAAGCAACUGCUGUGCAAAGCAGCCGCAGCCCGUGCACAGUGUGGCAAAGGUGAUGUUACUGCUCUGGGAUGUGUAUUUUACCAAUCUACUAUACACGUGAAUGAUGAAGCGGUGGGGCUCCAGGACUGCAAUGCCAACAUCCUACAGCGUCUAAAUGGAGGACGGUUCCAUGAGCGUCACGCAAUUGGCUUCACCAUCGACGGAAAGGGUGUAGUGAUUCGAAUGCACGAUGUGGAGGGCGUCCUGGAUACAGCCCGGACGCUGAGGCGGUGGGGGACGAAAGGACUGAGAGACGUUUCUCUGGAGGACGCAUUGCGGUACUGCAACGUACCUUCGUGUACCUCUUUUGAGCCUACCACCUACUCCCCAAUGCCUAGUAAUCAUGGCUCCCUCUAUGCGGCGCUCGUUUCGCGCAUCACGACCCAGGACAGGACUGUGACGGAACCUCUCUUUCACUUUUAUUAUUCAUGCUUCGAUGAAACUAGCACAACCUCUGGAGGGGUAUUUGGUGACCCUAAGGCAAGUCUCACGACGUUUCUGUGGCGUUCGCCUUUCCUCCUGUUUUCCGAGUUCUCAGCUCUCUUGCGAUAUUCGUGCCUCGAGUUAGGUGGCUAUCAAAGGCUCUUAAAGCCAGUUAUAGCACGGACGACCCCUCAGUCACCAGUACCAUCUCUAAUAACUUCUUCUCCGCUAAGAUUUGUGGCAAAAUUGUGGGGUAAAGGUCGAGAGGAACGUUCUGCGGUACAGAAACUGUCUGUAUUGAAGUAUUGUGGGGCUUUUAGUAUAGUUUGGUUAUUUUCUGCGUUGCCGUCCACUCUCUCAUCAGAAGCGGUAGCGUAUCUAAAUCGUUACAUAGUUUCCUUAGUGGAGAAGAUAGCAGGGUCGUCACUUUUGAGUGUCGAUGUGGACAAGAUUUUUUUUUAUGACGCGGGUAAAGGCGCCGUGUGUGACUUAAGUGUCUUCAAAACUUUUUUUACUGUUUUGAAUGCAGACCAUGUUGCCCGUGUCCUGUCAGCACUAAUGGCAUGUAUGGGAAUCCCUUUGUCUUCCGUGCAUCUUAUAGUUGAGGUAGCCCCGUCGCAUGAGUUCGAACGUGAUGGUAGUGAUGAUAUCGGGCGUAGUAUCCUCUGGCCACAUCCUGAAUGCCAUGGUAAUGAAAAUGGAGGACAAUAUCUCAAGAAUCAUUUUUACCACUCAAACCAAUACUUCAUAUCACUGCCUGUGGGCGGGACCAAGCUCUGUCGAAUGUUGAAGUGUUUUGUUACAAUGAACCUGACAAAAAAAAAGCCGGACGAUCGUUUUACUACAAAAACACUUCCAGUAAAUGCCGUUGAUCUGAUUUAUGUUCUUAUGGAGCUUCGUCUUUAA